AAAGCCUUGCACACGUUUCCAGUUGCACUUAAGGGUCCCUACUCAAAGAUGUGCUCCAAACAGAGCUCCGGAGGCUGCCAUGGAAUGUCCUAUCAGUCCAGUGGAUGCCACAGUGGGGGCUCCUCCUACUGUGGGGGCUCAGGCAGCUAUGGCAGUGGCAAGAUCAUCAUCAGCUCUGGAGGUGGAGGAGGUGGAUCCUGCUGCAGUGGGGGCUCCUCAAGCUGUGGCAUAGGAGGAGGCUACAGUGGUGGAUCCAGUGGGGGAUUUGGCCAGAAGAUCACUGUUAGCUCAGGUGGUGGAGGAGGCUGCUGCAGUGGGGGAUACAGUGGUGGGUAUUCAGGAUCAAAGAGCAUCAUUGGAGGUGGAAGCAGUGGAGGAUACUCUGGAGGCUGCAGUGGAGGAUCCAGUGGUGGGUAUUCAGGAUCAAAGAGCAUCAUUGGAGGUGGAAGCAGUGGAGGAUACUCUGGAGGUUGCAGUGGAGGAUCCAGUGGUGGGUAUUCAGGAUCAAAGGGCAUCAUUGGAGGUGGAAGCAGUGGAGGAUACUCUGGAGGUUGCAGUGGAGGAUCCAGUGGUGGGUAUUCAGGAUCAAAGAGCAUCAUUGGAGGUGGAAGCAGUGGAGGAUACUCUGGAGGUUGCAGUGGAGGAUCCAGUGGUGGGUAUUCAGGAUCAAAGAGCAUCAUUGGAGGUGGGAGCAGUGGAGGAUACUCUGGAGGCUGCAGUGGAGGAUAUAGUGGUGGGUAUUCAGGAUCAAAGAGCAUCAUUGGAGGUGGAAGCAGUGGAGGAUACUCUGGAGGCUGCAGUGGAGGAUAUAGUGGUGGGUAUUCAGGAUCAAAGAGCAUCAUUGGAGGUGGAAGCAGUGGAGGAUACUCUGGAGGUUGCAGUGGAGGAUCCAGUGGUGGGUAUUCAGGAUCAAAGAGCAUCAUUGGAGGUGGGAGCAGUGGAGGAUACUCUGGAGGCUGCAGUGGAGGAUCCAGUGGUGGGUAUUCAGGAUCAAAGAGCAUCAUUGGAGGUGGAAGCAGUGGAGGAUCCUCUGGAUGCUGCAGUGGGGGCUCCUCAAGCUACGGUAUGGGAGGAGGCUACAGCUGUGGAUCCAGUGGGGGAUCUGGCCAGAUCAUCAUCAGCUCAGGUGGUGAAGGAGGAAGCUCAUCUGGAUGCUGCAGCAGAGGAUCCAGUGGUGGUUCCUCAGGCCAGACAAUCAUUGUCAGUUCUGGAGGGGGCAGCGGAGGGUCCUACCAGUCCUCCCAGCAGAAAUGCCCCAUUGUCAUCCCCAGCAUCCAACCCCAUCAAGCCAAGCAGUCCUGCCACUGGCUCCCCAGCUACCACAAGUAACAGCCACCAGUAGCCUUGACACUCAACAAGAGCAGCCCUGCCUCUAGCAUGUCACCUUUGUGCCUCCAGACCUGGCUCUUCUUGCCAGCUCCUUUCCAUGUUGUCUCCUCUUCCCUGGAUGGUGCAUGUUUGUGCUGUGAAGUCCAUGGUUAACAGCCUGGUGCCUUUGAUAUGGAUCUGCUGCUUUUCCAAGGAGUGUAUUUUAUAUCUAAUAAAUGUAAUAAUAUAUUAA